AUGCGCAGUGAGGGGAUCUGGACGCCUUGGUCUAGGCCAGGCUCGCUACUCUGGCCGGCGGUGGCGUUCGUUGAAGCCGGAGGGGAUGGGGCGGCUGGCGAGUCAGAGCUGGGGCCGUCACCUUUUACUUUCAGGUCCAGGAGGAUCUUCCUGCAGAAAGAGGACGAAUUUUUCGAGGAUGGUGAUGUCUGUAGACAUUUAUAUCUGCAAAAUUCUAUAACAAAUGUGGAAGAAGCAGAAAGACCCAAGGUUUCUGAAUUCUGUUGCCAAAUAGCAGGUUGUAGUCAACUGUUUGAUGCCUUAGAAAACUACGAACAUCAUUAUAAUACAUUUCACCGCAAUGUCUGUUCCUCCUGCAAGCGCUCUUUUCCUUCCAGUCAUCUGCUAGAUAUUCACAUCCUGGAAUGGCACGACUCAUUUUUCCAAAUUUUGGCAGCGAAACAGAACAUGUAUAUGUGCUUUGUAGAGAGUUGUAAAGAAAAAUUCAAGGCUCCUGGUGACCGGAAGAAGCAUUUGAUCGAAGUUCAUGGUUAUCCAUCUGACUUCAGAUUCAACAAACCAAAAAAACCUAAAUGCAAUCAAAAGAAUCAGAGCUCACAUGACAUAGAAAUGGAAACUUCUAGUUGUCAAAAAGAAGCAAAUGAUACUUUCAGCAGAACAUCCACUGAAUUAAUGGACUAUGCACCUGCACAAACAAUGGAAGCUGACAGUCCCUCAUUGUCAGAAGAGAAAUCCAGUAUUCCUAUAGUGCAGCAAAGGCUGUCCUUCUCAUGCAGGGUACCAGCAACAAUUUGUUUUGGCCAUGGAUCAGUGCGUGGCUUUAAAAACGCAAGGAAAAAGAAGUGAUCUGUAUUUCGAAAUAACUAGUCAGUGGAGAGGACGACUUUGUACUGUAAAAGAUUUCAGUUCUAAAUAUGAACUUGGAAGAACAUUUUGUCAUAUUUCUCCUUAUGGAUUUGAAGAAUCUCAGCCUCUGAGAGGCAGCCUGCUAAAAUUAUUGGUCGCUGGUCACAGUUGUUAUCUUUUAAAGGGUUCUCUGAAAACACAUAUUAAUUACUACUAAAGUAAAUGCAUUUCAUUUCCACUUUUUUUUAAGAGGCCCAUCGUUUCCAAGCCAUUUCCACUGGUUUUGUUUUGGGAUAUUUCAAAUUAAAAGGUUGAGAUUAGAUUUUACUACACAUUUUCAAAGGAGAUGUUAAACUAAGGCCUAGUAGGCCUCUAAUAUAGAUUCAAAAGAGCCCACAAUAAUAUUCGUGAGAGGAAAAAGAAGGAACUAUCUCUGGUCUCUUAACCAAUAUUUGCCCCUCAAUUAAUAUUUGAAAAAAGAUUAUCUGGUCAUUAUGUUCUUUGUGGAAUUAUACUUUUUGCAAAUUGGCUGCUGUAGUUCCCACAUUACGAAAGUGACUACUCUGUAAAAGUACAACAAACACUUUAUUAACUGACACCUGUGAGACCAGGAGCUCACCAACUGAUCAAAUAUUCCAGAUAAUCAAGAGAUACAUGUAACCGCAGUAAGCCUGGACAAAGCAAAGCUUUGAGACAUCAACAUCUAUCAAACAAUCUAUGUAAAAACACACAGUAGUAAUAGUAACAUAAAGGGGUCUACAUGUUACUGUUAUACUUUAUUUACAGCAUAAAUGCUUGGACAUGGCAGUACUUGAGGUAUAUUAUUUCUGCUGGUUUAUCAAGUGUGUUGGUUGUUACGAUGCUGGUUAAAGCAAAAUUUGCUGUACUUUGUUAGCUCUCAAGUGCUUUGAACCAUCUGAUGAUUGUGAAAGAUGCUAUAUCAGUGCAAGUAUUUUUUAAAUUGAUAUCCAGUAUUCUAAAUAUUGAUUUCCUGGUUGUAUUUUUGGAUUGCUAAAAGGUACGAAACAUUUUCUCGUGAUUUGAUUGCAUUGAUUCUCAUGAUUGAGAUUUCUUACUGUAGAAAAAUAUUGAGUAUGGUGACAGCUAAUGUUUCUGCCAUUUUGUUCAUUUGUUUUUACCAAAUGAGUCAAAAUACUUUGAUUUAAUUCUGUUUUUAUUUGGAUAUUUUCAAUUAAUAGGCAAGUCCAAAUUUUGAGCAUUCUGUUUAUCCCAACCUGGGUACUUGCCACAGUCAAAUCCAAAGAGAUCAGCUGUAACAAAGUAAUGUGCACUAACUGUGGUAAUGAUAUUGUUAUACAUAUAUGGACAUAGUUAAAAUAUUUUGCACCAAAUGUAUAAAAUAUGCAGCUGGCCCAAAUUUGUGAGGAAAUUAUUUUAUCUUGCGUUUAGUUAUAGGAUGAAAUAAAGAAGGUAAUCAUAUCAAAUGAAAAGGCAGGAACAUGGAGUUGAAGAUUCAGAUUAGCCAUGAUUUCACUGAAUAAGGGAGCAGAAUUGAUGGGUUGAAUAGCCUGUUUCUGCUCCUACAUCCUAUAGUCUUAUUAAAUUAAAGCAAAUUGCUGCGGAUCCUGAAUAUCUGAAAUAAAAACAGACGGUGCUGGUGAGACUCAGCAGGUUUGGCCGCAUCUGUGGAGAGAAGAAUAGAAUGAACAUUUUGAAUCAAAUAUGGCUCUUCAGAAGUGUCAUGGGUCUCGAAAUGUUUAAGUACGUUUCGCUGUCUGUAGAUGCUGACAGACUUUGUGGGUUUCUCUAGCACUUUGUUUUUAUUUAUGAUAAUUGAAUCAACUAGGUGAAGUAUACAAUGGGGAAAGACUUGACAGGAAUAAAACAAAUUCAAAAACUGCAUUUGAGCUACCUAAGGCUGAAGUUAUUUCUUCAUUAUAACAUGAAUUUUGUUAUGAAUGUAAUUGUGAACACCCUGGGUAUAAAGGGCAUAAA